UAUGUCCGGCUUUUACUAACCUCCCACCACUCUCACUCCUGUGCAAGUUCCAACAAUGGCGAUUCAAAAAGGCGAUAUUAAGCUUUAAAAUCUGAACAAAUAACCUACAGAAUACUCUUCCAACUAUCUGUUUCUCGAUAUACAGCUUGAAAGAUGGGAAGAUCCGGCGGAUAUUGCUUCAAAAUCAUUGCAUGUGGCAGCAACUCUGAAUCUGUUGAUAGAGAUGAUCUCGAUGCUUCUGUUGAGAACCUAUGAAUGCCUUGCUUGAACCACACACACAUAUAUACACACAAGAACAAAGGUUCUGAUAAAAGAGGAUGGAGUUUCCGUAAAAGAUCAGCUGGACAUCGAGUGCUAAGCAACAAUGUUAUAACCGAAAUAUCUUCUUCUGUGAACAAGAGCUCAGAACCUGUUAUUAUCAACUCCGAAGCACCUAUCAGUUCUGUUUCUGAGAAAACUUCUGCAAAUCAAUUGACAGAAGAAUUGCCUCGCGUGUCUACUUCAACUACCAAGGGCAAUACACCAUCUAAUUUGGUCAUUGAGGCUGCUGAUGUAGAUGAAAGUAAAUUUGAUUCCGGUCCUGACGAGUCAUCUGUCAUUGUCAUCCAGGCUGCUGUUAGGAGAUUCUUGGCCCAGAGAGAACUAAUGAGGCAUAAGAAAGCUGUGAAGUUGCAAGCUGCUGUACGAGGGCAUUUGGUUCGUUGUCGUGCUGCUGGAACUUUGCGGUGCAUUCAAUCCAUUAUUAAGAUGCAAGCUCUUGUUCGAGUCCGUCAUGCUAACACAUCUCUUGAAAAAACCUCUAUUGGAAGAAAGGCGGUAAAGGAUUCUAGAAACAAGACACACCCAACAUAUAUUUCUAUUGAGAAGUUGCUCAGUAACCGAUUUGCUAACCAGCUACUGGAAUCUACGCCACGGACCAAACAAAUCAAUAUCAAAUGUAAUCCAUCAAACGAUGAUUCAGCUUGGAAAUGGUUGGAAAGGUGGACAUCCGUGUCUUCUCCCCAAGUUACGGAGUCACACGCGUUAAAACACCAGCAGGACAACACCAUUGAUACCAAAAACCAGAUUGGAAAUAUGAAUUCUCGACAAAAUCCUGAAAAUGAAAGUAAGCAUAUGAAUACUGGACCUGAAGUGGGGCCCACUUCACUUCCCGCGAAACAUUCAUUGGAGGCUGAACAACCCAAGCGUCCUGCGAAAAGGGUCGCCACUGAACAAGCGGAUUCCGAGGGAAGGAAAUCUGCGUUUGGGUCUAGAAAGGCGAGUAAUCCAACGUUCAUCGCUGCGCAUUCAAAGUUCGAGGAGUUGACUUCUAAGAACAGCUCAUUCGCUUCAGUAGGCUCUUCCAGUCAGGAACACGUGGCGAAACUGAAACCCCAUACGAGUUCAAUCCAGCUGAAAAACGUUGAACCGAGGGAGUCGGUAGUUUAUGAAAGCUUAAAAGUCGGUCAAAGUCCAACUGUUGGCUCGGAAUGUGGAACCGAACUUUCCGUCACAUCUAUGCUUGAUUCACCAGAUCCGUCAGAGGUUGGAAAUGUCGAAAACAUUGAAAACGAAAAAGAAGCAAAAAGUUUGGAUAAAGAGGCUGAUGACGGUAUAAAAAGCAUUAGUGUUAAAGAACAUGCUCUCCUAAACACUGAGUUGACUCACUGCACAUCCGAUCUAUCAGAAAAAUACGAUUGCAACACUGAUAUAUCACAAGUGAAACAAUCACAUGAGGACAAAAGUUACGAAACCUCUAAUGCAGACAUCGAGACUCAUAUUCAUCAUCAAGCAUCUCCAAGAAGUCAUGUAAUAGCCCCAGAAACCGAAUCACAUGGAACACCUUCUAGCCAAAUAUCAACGAACAACAAGACUAAAACGGACAGGAAAACAUCCGGUCAAAAGUCAAAGCCAUGGUCAAACAGUACAAAGUCUCCGGUAAGUUCUGGUUUAAGAAACAGUUUGGACAAUUUACCUCGAGAGAGAAGAUCAGGGAACCGAAGGAAUUCAUUUGGUUCGCAAAGUUCGGAUCAGGAACCGAGAGAUAGCAGCAGCAGUAACUCUAUACCGAGUUACAUGCAAGUGACGGAAUCUGCAAGAGCAAAAGCACUUGCGAAUAGUUCUCCGAGAUCAAGUCCAGAUGUGCAAGUUAAGGAAAGUUAUUUGAAAAAGAGACACUCGUUGCCUGGUGCGGUGAAUAGCAAGCAUGAUUCACCGCGUGUCAUGCGAACCUCGCCCCAGGCACAACAGCCCACCAAGGGAAAUAAUAAUCCAGAGAGGAAAUGGCAGCGCUGAUGUGGCAUGCUUGUUCUCGUUUUUAUUCUCCUUGGUAGCAUGACUGCUUUGAUCCUUGGUUCUUUGUGCCAGAUUUUUUUACGUGACGGUUUGCUUUUGUAUUUGGUCAGUUUGUGGGUAACUAAUCUUAAUAGAGUUUUUAGUCCUUGGGUUAUAUCAAUCUAGUAUACAUUCAUUUACAUGUAACAUGUUAUUACUCUUUUUGACAUAUUUUAAGUUAGGGGGUGUUUGGAUUUAUUUAUUUA